AACCAAUCAUGGGGUUUUUCCGACCAAAAAAGAAACCAAUGACUAAAUUAAUGGUCUCAAACUAAAAUACGAAACAAAAAAAGGAAACACAGACACAUGAUAAAGUAACAUAGACAGACAGAAGAGAGAGAGAGAGAGAGAGAGAAGAAAGGAGAGUCUUUUGCAAAUUGUUGGAGCAACCUGCCCCGAGCAUCGUGUGGUGAUUGAGAGGUUGUUCUUAGCUGAUCACUGUGCUGCUUCCAUCUGCAGAGAAGAACAAGAAGAAGAAAAAGAAGAUGGGUUGGAUUCCCUGUUCUGGAAACUCAGGCACUAAGAAGAAGAUGGUGAAGAUGGAAGUGCAGGACAGCGUUGUUGGUCAGAUCAAAGGAACCCCAGGGAAGUUGAAGAGGAAUUCAUCCACAAAUUCCAAGGAUGCAUCUAAAAGUGGGAGCACUGAUCACAUUGCAGCACAGACAUUUUCAUUCCGUGACUUGGCAACUGCAACUAGAAAUUUUAGAGCAGAAUGUCUCUUGGGAGAGGGUGGCUUUGGUAGAGUGUACAAAGGGCGUCUCGAAAGUAUAAAUCAGGUUGUUGCAAUAAAGCAACUUGACCGAAAUGGACUGCAAGGGAAUAGGGAGUUCCUUGUUGAAGUGUUGAUGUUAAGUCUGCUCCAUCACCCUAACCUUGUCAACCUUAUUGGUUAUUGUGCUGAUGGUGAUCAAAGGCUUCUAGUUUAUGAAUAUAUGCCGCUAGGAUGCUUGGAAGAUCACUUGCACGAUAUUCCUCCUGGCAAGAAACGACUUGAUUGGAACACACGAAUGAAAAUAGCUGCCGGGGCAGCGAAGGGACUGGAGUAUCUACACGACAAAGCUAAUCCUCCGGUCAUAUACCGAGAUUUAAAGUGCUCCAACAUUUUGCUUGGUGAAGGGUAUCACCCGAAGCUAUCGGAUUUUGGUUUGGCUAAACUUGGCCCAGUUGGAGAAAAUACCCAUGUAUCAACAAGGGUUAUGGGAACCUAUGGAUAUUGUGCUCCAGAGUACGCGAUGACUGGUCAACUGACUCUAAAAUCAGAUGUUUAUAGCUUUGGUGUAGUUCUUCUGGAAAUAAUUACUGGAAGGAAAGCGAUUGACAAUUCGAGAUCUGCAGGAGAGCAGAAUCUUGUUGCAUGGGCAAGACCCUUGUUUAAAGAUAGAAGGAAAUUUUCACAGAUGGCCGAUCCAAUGCUCCAAGGUCAAUAUCCUUCAAGAGGGCUCUACCAGGCACUUGCUGUUGCAGCAAUGUGUGUUCAGGAGCAGGCAAAUAUGCGUCCAGUUAUAGCCGAUGUUGUCACAGCUUUGUCUUACCUUGCUACACAAAGAUAUGAUCCCAAUACGCAGACAGUCCAAAGCUCCCGCCUUGCUCCUGGUACUCCUCCUAGAACCAGGAGAGGGCAAUGAUAUAUGAAGCUCAAUGUUUGGUGGGUGUAAGAGUCUGGAAAAAAAAUGCCAAAUGUGUUGUUUACUGGCUUCACAACAUGCUUCAAGGUAUAGGGUUAUAGAUGUUAAUAUCAGUUGUUUUUCAUGGUGUUCUCUCAGUUCAGAGGAUAGUUGCGAAAAAAAAAACAUGUGGAAUUUUGUUCUACUUCUGGUGCACAGAACUGCUCCUAUUUAUAUUUAUUUGGAGCUAAGUUAGUAUUUCCA